AUGGGGAUCGAUAGAAGCACCGGGAACGGGAGUUCCCUUCUGUCGUCGCCGGACAGGGUGGUGGAUGGAGGGACGAUGCCGACGAGGGAGGGCGACGGUUUGGCCUCCCCCUCUGCUUCCUCGACAUCGUCGUUUUCCUCUUCCUCUUCCAUUUCGUCAGCGUCGGGUCUCAACUUCAUAGAGCACCGGGUGUCGAAGAUGGACACCCUCGCCGGCGUCGCAAUAAAGUACGGAGUCGAGGUAAUUUAGACCCUUCCUCAGUGUUGAAUUAGCGCGAUGGAUUCUGAGUAUUUGAGGAGUCCAAACGGUUUCCUGAGAGUUCUCGGUUGGAAGUAUCAGUUUCAUUUUUAAUUAUUCUAACGCCGAAAUCCCCAAUUAUACCAAGCGGUUUAUACCCCGCAACCCAUCGAAACAUGAAAUCCAUCUUGCUGUACGGCGGGAUCUACGUCGGGGUCAUGUUUAUUGGAUCUAUCGCGGUCGAUGCUGCUUCCUGUUCUUUCUUCUUGUCCUGUGCGGGGUCUCGGCCGUAGUUAUAUACCCAGACUCCCUCUUACAGUUUCUAUUGGCGGGUGUUGACUGGAUAGUCUCUGACUCACGAUUUCUCUUGAUAUCAUUCUACCCCCUGAGUCAUUUCCAAUUCUACUUUGUGCAGAUCUUCAAAUAUAUAUAUAUAUAUAUAUAUAUAUAUAUAUUUCCGCGAGUGUUCAUCUGGGUAACGCUUUUCCUUUCAGGUUGCAGAUAUUAAGAGGAUGAAUGGGCUGGUAACAGAUAUUCAGAUGUUCGCUCACAGAUCACUACACAUUCCUCUACCGGGAAGACACCCGCCAUCUCCCAUCGUCUCAAACGGUUCUUCCUGUAACGGGUAUUCUUCUGGUCUUCUAUGCAGUUUAACGUUUUUGUUCUAGAGCAUCCCCUAAUGAAAUAUGAACUACUGGAUAGCCCCUCCAGGUCCCAAAUCGUGACUUUCCUCUAUUGUCCUAUCAUUGUGAAACUAUAUAGUGUGCUUGGUUUCAUUCGUCAGCAGGAGAGAUGCAAGUCAUGCUCAUCAAAGAAAGGAAGAAAGAACCAUUCUAAUAAAGAAGGAAAGAAUGAAUGUUGUUCUAAGAAAGAACCCAUGUAUUCUGUCCCGAGUUCCCUGCUAAAACCCGCAAUGCUAACCCGUGGCUUUAUACUUUUAGCUUAGGGAAAUAGUCCGUCACAUGAUGAACCAUCAUGUUUAUUUGUGUGGAGGAAUGAUAUCCAAGGAGCAGUCGUUACUACCGUGGAGUGAUUCUGCCUCAUCUCCGUAUAUUUGGGAAGUAAUCUGUUGAACAUCACAAACCUGAUGAGGUCGAGAAGCCUGGCUAUUAGUUUUGCUUUACAUAACACGAAAACAUGGACGCAGUGAAACUUUUUGAGAAACUUAAUUGCCUAGGAACUCAUGGGUUUGUGCACAUUAUUUGAGAUCUUGAUGGUCUUUGACCAUCCAGUUCAGAAGAAAAUGAUAUUCUUAUAUCAUAUAUAUCUGCUUGUAUAUAUGAUAUAUCAGGAAAAUGAGUGAUGGUUCUUUUGGGUGAACACCACCGUGAGUUUUUUUUUUUCCUUCUUAUAUCAUAUAUAUCUGCUUGAUAUUCUUAUAUCAUAUAUAUCACCCCUAAAGAAACACGCCAAUGUCAAGGCUGUUGCUUUUAUCAUUCUUUUCUGGUAGGCCUCCUGCUCCCCCCUCCCCCCACCUCCAUACCAUUUCUUCUCCUUCGCCGAGGAGCAUCAGUUCUCUUCAUACUGUAAUAUUAGCAUGGUUCCUCCUCCCUUCGAUCAAGCUGACGGGUUAUGAAGCUUUGUUUUUUCUUUUUUCGUCUUCUCUUUAGCGUUCAAAAAUGGAAAGCGCGUGAGAUCCAUCUCCGAGCGUCUUCACUGAUUCCUCCUCUCCUUUGAAUAAUGUUGCUAACAGGGAGCAGACCCCACAGCAACAGCGGCACAGGGACCUGCUCAAAUCUUUUCAGACGCUCAGUGCGAGGCCUCCACAGCGAAGAGUCAGCCCCGCCAUGAGGACCUUGCAGGGCUUCUACGGCCUCACCCCGCCCCGGCGGGCCCAUCCGGCUACCGGGAGAGAGACAGAGAUGUGCGUGGUCAACACCCCCGGAAGGUUCCUCAACUGGGGAGAAGAGGAGGAGGAGGCGCCGCCAGUCCGCGGCAGCCACCGGAAGUCAAGGAGCCUGGUCAACGGCUUCUCGAUGGAAAAUGGAGGGGAGGGGCAAACCCUGGAAGCUGUGAGGAGGCGACAGAAGAACGAGGUGGCGGCGCCGGAGCUGCUGCUGAAGGAGGACUCCGCGGGGGCCUUACCUGGUGGGAGGACCGGCAAAGGCCUGGCCUUGAGGCAGAAGGCCGGCGGGCGGCCGGACUUUGACUUCUCUGCCGCCGGCACAGCCCCUAGUUGGGGGCAAUUGUCGGUGAGGAAGUCCUCCAGUGCUUCCAAUCUUCAGGAUCCGGACGGCAGCAGUGGCAGCGCCGCCCGGUGGCCGCCGUCGAGGUGGUCGCAGAGACCCGACGGCAGAGCAAAGCCAAGCCUCGACGGGCUUUCACGGCCGCCGAUGGCAGUAUGGAGGAACAAAGCAGCUCUGGAUUAG